AUGAAUGCCGUCAGGGAGAUGCAGCCCCUCGCACCUUCGGCUCCUCGCCACUCACCCUCUCGGCCCCUUGCCCCAUCGGCCGCUCAGUCCCUCGUCCCUCGCCCCUCGGCCCCUUGUCCCAUCGGCCCCUCAGGCCCUCGCCCCCUCGCCACUCACCCUCUCGGCCCCUUGCCCCAUCGGCCGCUCAGUCCCUCGCCCCCUCGCCUCGCCCCUCGGCCCCUUGUCCCAUCGGCCCCUCAGUCCCUCGCCCCCUCGCCACUCACCCUCUCGGCCCCUUGCCCCAUCGGCCGCUCAGUCCCUCGCCCCCUCACCCCUCGUCCCAUCGGCCCCACGUCCCCUCAGCCCCUCGCCCCCUCAGCCCCUCGCUCCCUCGGCCCCUUGCCCCAUCGGCCCCUCAGUCCCUCGCCCCCUCGCCACUCACCCUCUCGGCCCCUUGCCCCAUCGGCCGCUCAGUCCCUCGCCCACUCACCUCUCGCCCCCUCAGCCCGCCGCAAGCUCCCGACUAGUUUUAUUACUGUGCCUGCGAGUCGCUCUCGUUGUUUGAGCGAUGAUACGGCAUGUAAUAUACAGCUUUUUCAUGGAGGCAGACGAGUAUGUAAAUUAGACGAGGUUAUUUUUAUCAUUCAAGGGCAACAUAUCGUACAGACCCACGUCCCCUCAGCCCCUCGCCCCCUCAGCCCCUCGCUCCCUCGGCCCCUUGCCCCAUCGGCCCCUCAGUCCCUCGCCCCCUCGCCACUCACCCUCUCGGCCCCUUGCCCCAUCGGCCGCUCAGUCCCUCGCCCCCUCGCCACUCACCCUCUCGGCCCCUUGCCCCAUCGGCCCCUCAGUCCCUCGCCCCCUCGCCACUCACCCUCUCGGCCCCUUGCCCCAUCGGCCGCUCAGUCCCUCGCCCCCUCGCCACUCACCCUCUCGGCCCCUUGCCCCAUCGGCCGCUCAGUCCCUCGCCCCCUCGCCACUCACCCUCUCGGCCCCUUGCCCCAUCGGCCGCUCAGUCCCUCGCCCCCUCGCCACUCACCCUCUCGGCCCCUUGCCCCAUCGGCCCCUCAGUCCCUCGCCCCCUCGCCACUCACCCUCUCGGCCCCUUGCCCCAUCGGCCGCUCAGUCCCUCGCCCCCUCGCCACUCACCCUCUCGGCCCCUUGCCCCAUCGGCCCCUCAGUCCCUCGCCCCCUCGCCACUCACCCUCUCGGCCCCUUGCCCCAUCGGCCGCUCAGUCCCUCGCCCCCUCGCCACUCACCCUCUCGGCCCCUUGCCCCAUCGGCCGCUCAGUCCCUCGCCCCCUCGCCACUCACCCUCUCGGCCCCUUGCCCCAUCGGCCGCUCAGUCCCUCGCCCCCUCGCCACUCACCCUCUCGGCCCCUUGCCCCAUCGGCCCCUCAGUCCCUCGCCCCCUCGCCACUCACCCUCUCGGCCCCUUGCCCCAUCGGCCGCUCAGUCCCUCGCCCCCUCGCCACUCACCCUCUCGGCUUGUUGAAAUGUAAUCAAGUGCUGUCAUCAAGCGACUGUCGCUCUCUGACUAAACCACAUUAUGAGACGGACGCUUCUGUAGAAGCUGAACAGCACCGCCGGCCAUAA